AGGUCCAACCCGAUAGCGUGACUGCAAUCGAAGGAUGCUGAUGAGAAAAAUGUUCGACGUGCUGCUUGUCAACUUCACAGUCUGUGGAUGGCCUCAUCUUUGAGCAAGAUAUUCACGUCAAAUGUCCACUCUGAACAAUGGCCAGAGAUGCCCACCAUCAAGCGAAAGAGAGUUGCUGCGACGAAAAAGAGGAGGCAUGCAUCUCCGGUCACCUCAUCGCAAAACUCCUGCACCGGUGAAGCUAAUCUACAAGAGGUAUGUGGGAGGCAUGCAUCACCGGUCACAUCCUCGCACAACUCUCGCAACGCCAACAGUGAAGCUAAUCUACAAAAGUUGGCAGUAAGGCCAGUGAAAAUGGCGUCGUCAUCACACAGAAGGGGCAACUACCACCCCAGUAGUAGUUCUGAUGACGACAUAGCAUUGCUGGCUGGUAUGUUUCUGCUGUUGGACACAAGCUCGUCAUCAGAAGAAGAACGGGAAAUACUGAGACGUCCCCAACGUACGUUUCCCAUCAGUGGCCAAGAGUACACGACCUUGUUACUGAAUGGAGAUCCAGAUACGAUGAGAUAUACGUUGCGUGUAGAUGCCCAUACAUUUAGGACAUUGGUAAAUUUAUUGGUGAAGCGAGGAAGGCUAAAGUGGGAUUGUAUGCGGUUAUCAGUUGAAGAAUCAUUAGCCAUUUUCUUGUACAUUUGUGGGCAUGGCAAACGACAUCGGUGUGCUGCCAAUCGGUUCAAACGUUCAAUGAACACCAUAGCCCGACACUUCAAGUACAUGAUGCGUGCCCUGGGUAACAUAGCCUAUUUAGUAAUUCGACCUCCUGAUCUAAAUGAAAUCCCUUUUGAAAUCCUCCACGACAAAAUAUACUACCCAUGGUUUGAGAACUGUGUUGGGGCAAUUGGUGGAACAUACAUCAAAGGUGGUAGUAUGUACGCUGAAAAGGUGAUGGCAGCAUGUUCGUUUGAUGAGAAAUUCACAUUUGUGUACGCAGGAUGGGAAAGUUGGGCCUCCGAUUCUCAAAUACUUGAAGCUGCGGUUAAUCCGCUGUUUAAAUUUCCACACCCACCUGCUAAUAAAUAUUACCUAGUUGACGCUGGAUAUACAAACAUGCUUGGCUAUCUAGCCCCGUAUCAUCAAAAAGACGAUUUGAAUGGGGUCACUACAGCAUACCAUUCAUCAACGGACUUGUUCAACCAUAAGCACUCAUCGUUGAGAAAUGUGAUUGAAAGAUGCUUUGGUGUGUUGAAGGCUCGAUUUCGUAUACUAAAAGCCAUGCCGAAGUAUAAGACCGCGUGCCAACCCAAGAUUGUGGUAGCUUGCUGCGUGGUUCACAACUGGGUACUAAUGCAGCAAGGGAGGGAUGAAUUUUUCAAACAAAUUGAAGAGGAAGUUGGGUAUCGUAAAUUUUUGGACAUGCAUAUCGACAUGACUUGUGAAGCAAUGGCUAGUACACGAAACGAAAUUGCCAGUGCUAUGUGGGAAGCAUAUGUGAAUUGGAAUUGAGGAUGAAGAAUUCUCCAAAUUGCUCAUGUGGCGCUAGGCCUAUGCUUAUUAAAACUUCAUAGGGAAGCUUCUUUUGGAUCGAUGAGUAUCCAAUCUCCCAGACUGUGGAAUCCACGUUCUAGAAGAUUGGAUGGAAUUGGCUAAUUUGUGCUUUUUUACGGAUUCCGUGUCCUUUUGUGCAUCACUCUAGUCUCUCAUUGGUCUUAUUGGUCGUUAUAUCUCUAAUCAUGUCAUUAAGGUGGGGUGUUUUGUAUGCUUGAAGUCUGACCCACUGGAUUAUAUGGUGCUUAAUAGUAUGUCUUGUACAUUUUUUGUUGGGUACAAGUACUUUUGCAAUUGAAUUAGGCAUAAUUAUGGAACACUGCUAUUGGUAACGACCACUAGCACACCGAUGGGGUAUUGAUGGGCACUCGGGCCCCACUUUGGGUUCUGCA